AUGCCUCCUAAGAUUGUGUCUGGUAAGGCCUCAAAGAAAGCGUCGAAGGUUAAGCUGCCGAAGGUUGAUAAGAAGAAGAAGAAGAAGAAGAGGAUGUGGAGGAAAGAGAGUUAUGCUAUCUACAUCUACAAAAUUCUUCGUCAAGUUCAUCAUGACACUGGUAUCUCGUCGAAAGUAAUGUCGAUCAUGAACUCGUUUGUGAACAAUAUCUUUGAACGGAUUGCCACAGAAGCCAACUACUAA